AUGUUCAGGCUCAUUGCCCUCCGUUUCACCUUCAUCGAUCAAUACAAAUUUUCUGGCCAACUCACAGGGAGUAUUAUUGUAAUGAACGCUCUUAAGCCGUCCAUUUCUCGUCUAUCUGCCUUGAUUUGCAAAAGACCGUUUCCCAUGCCUCCUCCAGGGCCACCAUUACCGCCCGGCGUACUCGUUGAUGAAGAGAUCUCGCCAGUGUACGACUCCAGGUAUUUCUAUCCAGCAAAGCCCGGAGAGAUACUCGGGGAUCGCUAUCAGGCGUUGGUCAAAAUUGGCUGGGGCGUAUCUUCCACAGUAUGGCUUGCGCGUGACUUAGAAGGACAUAUCGCGGAAGCAGAGAGCGUCGUGGCACUCAAAAUUGCUAACACAAGUGGGGAUUUCGCUACUCACGAACGUGAAAUUGAAGAGCACGUUUCCAUGGCGAACUCGUCACACCGUGGUCGCUCGCUCAUACGCACAUUACUGGACUCCUUCGAAGUUAAGAGUCCAGCAGGUACUUUUUCAUGUCUUGUGUAUCCACCAAUGAGGGAGCCAUUGUCCAUGUAUCAACGACGCUUUGGCGACAAAAGGAUGCCUCUCCCCCUUAUUAAAGCCUACAUUCGUGCUCUUCUUACUGGGCUUGAUUAUCUCCACAAAGAGUGCAGGGUGGUCCAUACAGAUUUAAAACUUGAAAACAUCAUGGUCUCAUUCGAGGAUCCGAAUGUCCUUGUUGAUUUUAUGCGUUCCCAGCUUGAAAGACCGAUGGCUUUCAAGAUUGAUUCUACGGGCCGAUCGGUGUAUCAAUCGCGGAACGACUUUGGGCCACUUAAAAACCUGAAAAGUAUACCACAGCUUGUUGACUUUGGCCUGGCAACAAGACUUGAGGAAGAUGAUGACUGGGGCGUCUGGCCUAUUCAGCCAGACCACUAUCGAGCGCCAGAGGUGAUACUGGGUAAUGGAUGGCAAAUGCCAGCGGACGUAUGGAAUCUUGGUGUUCUGCUGUGGGAUAUGAUCGAAGGCAAAGAGCUAUUCCGACACAUACAUAAUCAACAAGGUCGCUACGAUGCUAAAAUGCACAUCGCCGAAAUGAUAGCCUUACUCGGCCCGCCACCCCCAGAAGUUAUACAAAGGUACCAGUUCAUGCGAGAGUACUCGUGGCCGGAACCAGUGAGACGAGAAGACAACAGAGUAUGCCGUACUGCGGAAGAGUACUUCUGCGGGCCAUUUUUUGAUACCAAUGGACGCUUUCUCUACGAGAACCUUAUUCCUGACCGGAAACUAGGCGAUACAACUUUCUUCCUUGAGGGUGAAGAGCGCGAGGCGUUUCUAGAUCUUGCCAAGGAAAUGCUCGCAUGGCAUCCAAGUGCGAGAACAACGGCAGGCAAACUGGCGGAACAUCCGUUUCUUCAACCGAAAGACAAAAGCACAAGCCCCUGA